AUGGCCGGGUGCCGUGAAAACGCCCGGCGUGGCGACUGCGGCUGCGCGGGAGAUUCGAAUUGGCGGCGGCUCCUCGCUUGCGGCGUACAUCGCCCUGCGGUAGGCCGGCGUCCUCCCGCCAUGGAGAACCCGGAGAAUGUCUUUCAAAUGUUUGAAGCCCAUAUGCAGAGCUACAAGGGUGAUGACCCACUUGGUGAAUGGGAAAGAUACAUACAGUGGGUAGAAGAGAAUUUUCCUAAGAAUAAAGACUACCUGACAACUUUAUUAGAACAUUUAAUGAAGGAAUUUUUAGAUAAGAAGAGAUACCACAAUGACCCAAGAUUCAUCAAUUAUUGUUUAAAAUUUGCUGAGUACAACAGUGACCUCCAUCAGUUUUUUGAGUUUCUGUAUAACCACGGGAUCGGAGCCCUGUCGUCCCCGCUGUACAUAGCCUGGGCAGGACACCUGGAAGCCCAGGGAGAGCUGCAGCAUGCCAGUGCUGUCUUCCGGAGAGGGAUUCAAAACCAGGCCGAACCUAGAGAGCUCCUGCAGCAACAUUACAGGUUAUUUCAGACACGCCUCACUGAAACUCGCUUGCCAGCUCAAGCUAGAACCUCAGAACCUCUGCAUAAUGCUCAGGUUUUAAACCAAAUGAUAACAUCAAAAUCAAAUCCAGGAAAUAACUCGGCCUGCGUUUCUAAGAAUCAGGGCUCAGAACCUUCUGGAGUGAUGUCUUCAGCUUGUGAUAAAGAGUCAAAUAUGGAACAAAGGGUGAUCAUGAUUUCUAAAUCAGAAUAUUCUGCACACUCAUCCUUGGCAGCCAAACCUGAUGUUCAGCAGGUUGUAAUGUAUUGCAAGGAGAAGCUGAUUCGUGGAGAAUCUGAAUUUUCCUUUGAAGAACUGAGAGCCCAGAAAUAUAAUCAACGGAGAAAGCAUGAGCAAUGGGUAAAUGAAGACAGACAUUAUAUGAAAAAGAAAGAAGCAAAUGCUUUUGAAGAACAACUGUUAAAACAGAAAAUGGAUGAGCUUCACAAGAAGUUGCAUCAAGUGGUGGAGACAUCCCAUGAGGACUUGCCCCUUUUCCUGGAAAGGGCUGAGGUUAAUCCAGCAUGUAUGGGACCACAUGUAGGCUCCCAGCAGGAAUCAAGAGCCUCGUGUCUUCCAGCCAUUAGUCAGCAGACCUCGGUGAACAUGGAAGAGAACCCAAGAGAAGAAUCUCCUGUUGUUCCUCUUAUGGCAAAUGCUGCUCCUGCAGCUUUGGUGUCCCCAGCCAUCAGUCAGAACAUUGCACCUCCUCUUCCUUUGGCAGCCCAGCCAGUGACAGACUCCAUGUUUUCAGUGGCCAGAAAAAAUGCCAGAUGUGUGAAUGAGAGUACUCAUGAAUGCAAGCCACAGAGUGGAGCAGAGAUAAAAGAAGGUUGUGAAGCGCAUAAGGUGGCUAACACAAGUUCUUUUCACACAACUCCAAACACAUCACUGGGCAUGGCUCAGGCAACACCAUCCAAAGUGCAGCCAUCACCCACCGUGCACACAAAAGAAGCAUUAGGUUUCAUCAUGAAUGUGUUUCAGGCUCCUACACUUCCUGAUCUUCCUGAUGACAAAGAUGAGUGGCAAUCUCUAGAUCAAAAUGAAGAUGCAUUUGAAGCCCAGUUUCAAAAAAAUACAAGGUCUUCUGGGGCCUGGGGAGUCAAUAAGAUGAUCUCUUCUUUGUCGUCUGCUUUUCCUGUGUUUGAAGAUGGAAACAAAGAAAACUAUGGGUUACCUCAGCCCAAAAACAAACCCACAGGAGCAAGGACCUUUGGAGAACGCUCUAUCAGCAGAUUUCCUUCAAAGGCAAAUGAAGUGCCUCAUUCUGAAGAGUUUUUGGAUGAUUCAACCAUAUGGGGUAUUCGUUGCAACAAAACCUUGGCACCCAGUCCUAAAAGCCCAGGAGACUUUACAUCUGCUGCACAGCUUGCAUCUACACCAUUCCACAAACUUCCAGCAGAGUCAGUGCACAUUCUAGAAGAUAAAGAAAAUGUGGUAGCAAAACAGUGCACCCAUGUGACUUUGAAUUCUUGUGAAGAAAACAUGGUGAUGCCAUCAAAGAACAGAAAAUUCAGUCCAAUUCCAGAGAAAAGCCCAGAACAAGCAUUUCCCUCUGAUGUCCAUUCCACAUCCCUCCUCCGUCUGAGCCAGCCGUCUGUAGGUGUUGUACUUACCCAUGAGGCAGAGCAGCGCCUUCAAGCUUGUAAACUCACCGACACUGACAUUGCCAUUGCAGAAGAUCCACCAGAGGCUGCCGCUGGGCUCCAAGCAGAACAGAUGCAGACUGGCUCACUUGGGAAUGUCAAUGCUCCAAAUUUCACUGUUGAGAACCCAUGGGAUGAUCAGUUGAUUCUCAAACUUUUAUCUGGGCUUUCUAAGCCACUGAGUUCCUAUCCAAAUACUUUUGAAUGGCAGUGUAAACUUCCAGCCAUCAAACCCAAGACUGAAUUUCAAUUGGGUUCUAUGCUGGUCUAUGUUCAUCACCUUCUUGGAGAAGGGGCCUUUGCCCAGGUCUAUGAAGCUACCCAUGGAGAUGCGAAUGCUACUAAAAAUAAACAGAAAUUUGUUUUAAAGGUCCAGAAGCCUGCCAACCCCUGGGAAUUCUACAUUGGGAGCCAGCUGAUGGAGAGACUAAAGCCAAUUAUGCAACCCAUGUUUAUCAAAUUCUAUUCUGCCCACUUAUUCCAGAAUGGCAGUAUAUUAGCAGGAGAGCUCUAUAGCUAUGGAACUUUAUUAAAUGCCAUUAACCUCUAUAAAAAUACCCCUGAAAAAGUGAUGCCUCAAGGUCUUGUCAUCUCUUUUGCUAUGAGAAUGCUUUACAUGGUUGAGCAAAUGCAUGACUGUGAAAUCAUUCAUGGAGACGUUAAGCCAGAUAAUUUCAUACUUGGCAACAGAUUUUUGGAGCAGAAUGGUGACGAUGAUGACUUAUCUGCUGGCUUGGCACUGAUUGACCUGGGUCAGAGUAUAGAUAUGAAACUUUUUCCAAAAGGAACCAUAUUCACAGCAAAGUGUGAAACAUCUGGUUUUCAGUGUGUUGAGAUGCUCAGCAACAAACCAUGGAACUACCAGAUUGAUUACUUUGGGGUUGCUGCAACAGUGUACUGCAUGCUCUUUGGCACUUACAUGAAAGUGAAAAAUGAAGGAGGAGUCUGGAAACCUGAAGGUCAUUUCAGAAGGCUUCCUCACUUGGAUAUGUGGAAUGAAUUUUUUCACACCAUGUUGAAUAUACCAGAUUGUCAUCAUCUUCCAUCUUUGGGUUUGCUAAGGCAAAAGUUGAAGAAAAUAUUUCAACAACACUAUGCUAACAAGAUAAGGACCCUGCGUAAUAGGCUCAUUGUACUGCUCUUAGAAUACAAGCGUUCACGAAAAUAAAAUUUGGACAUGCACGGUCCCUAAAAAUCACUUUGUAAAUGCUAACCUAUCUACUUUGAGCCUUGAUUUUUCCCCCAUUUAUUAUGUAAAUGUUUGUUUAAAAUAAAUUCCAUAGAAUAUAUCCAUGU